UGGAUAUCCAUUGUUUACUCUGCUGGCCAAACUGGUGAUAUUCCUCCUGCCGAUCGGCUCCGUUGCUUAUCGAGUCAACCUUCUGUGCAGCUUUUUUGGAGCAGUUGCUGCCUCUCUGCUGUUUAGCACAUGUGUCAGAUUCUCUGGUGUGACUCGCCUCCCAUCGGGGUCCCUCCGCGGUGUCCUAUUAUUCUACGUUCUGCGGCAGGCAGUCAGAACACUCCAUGGCAGAGGUGAAGAUGGCCACCCUGAACGUUCAGGGAUUCAACAUUCCGGAGAAGAGGUCACAAAUACUCUACCAUAUGCACAAAAAUAAGGUCAGACUUUUAUGCUUGCAGGAGACCCACUUUAAAUCAGGCCAUAUCCCGGAUAGAUUGGGCAGAUACUUCACCACCUGGUUCCAUAGCUCCAACCCGGACUCCCGCUCGAAGGGAGUGUCCAUUGGUAUACACCGUUCGCUUCCAUUCAGUGUACAGGCUGUCCGGGUAGAUCCAAACGCUCGCUAUCUUUUUAUCCGUGGAGCCUUGCUGGACCAGGUGGUGACGGUAGCGACGGUUUAUGCCCCAAAUAGUGGACAAGUGCCCUUUUUAAUAGCGACUCUAGAAGAACUCUCUCAUUUUGCCCAGGGUAUGAUACUGCUGGGGGGGGAUUUCAAUAUCCCGCUACACCCACUGCUUGAUGCGUCCACACGUCGAUCGGCUAUCUCCUACCGCCAAUUGAGUAGACUUAAGAAGCAAUUGCACUCUCUUCAGCUGUGCGACGUGUGGCGCCUCCAGCAUCCGAGUGACCGGGACUAUACGCACUUUUCCUCCCCUCAUAACUCAUAUAGCAGGCUAGAUUACGUCUUUCUUUCACACUUCCACCUCCCUAGAUUAUCCUCCUCACAAGUUGGCCACAUGUACUUAUCCGACCACGCUCCGGUGUACUGCACUGUGACGAUUCCUUCCUUGACCACCCCGCGGUUUUCGUGGCGGCUUAACGAGUCCCUCCUACUGGACACCCUUUGCCUGUCAGACUUGAGGACUGCAAUCACACACUUUCAGUCUGAUCAUGCAAACGAUCAGACAUCUCAGCCGAUCCAAUGGGAGGCUCUCAAGAGUGUACUGAGGGGAAUUCUGAUCAGCCAUGGCUCCCGGCUUAAGAGGGAGAAGGCGGCCAAGCUGAAGCGCCUCCUUGAGACGCUCCAUAGUUUGGAAGCCUUGCACAAACAGACCUUACUUGAGUCCACGCUGAGGGAACUCACCAAAACUCGCCAUGAGAUCCGCUCCCUCCUAGACACCUCCCUGAGACAGUAUAGUCAGAAAUGCGCCUCGACAUUCUACGAAUGGGGCAACAAGCCGGGCAGACAAUUGGCAAGAGCUCUCCGUGAGAAGAGGUCAGCGCUAUUCAUCCCAUCCAUAAACACAUCGUCAGGUAGCAAAUCGUUCAUCACGGCCGACAUACUUAAGGCUUUUGAGAAAUACUACCAUGACCUUUACAAUAUCCCCACCCCGUCAAUACCCCCUCAUUCUCCUCUUCCCCCAUUAUCCCUGCAUGACUACAUUCAGAAUACAUCCCUCCCUCGUCUAUCUGAGGAGGAUAUAGAGGCCCUUGAGUCCCCGUUCUCGGAAGAGGAGAUCGCCCAGGCAAUAUCACACCUACCUACUGGUAAAAGCCCGGGACCAGACGGGUACACGGCCAGGUUCUUCAAAACCCUAAAGGAUAGCCUACUUCCCAUUCUUUGCAAGACGUUCAAUAGCAUCGCCCCGAACCUGGGUUUUCCCACGGCAUCGCUCAGUGCCUAUAUUACAGUAAUUCCCAAAGAGGGCCGCGACCCGGGUCUUUGCUCCAGCUACCGACCCAUAUCUCUUCUGAAUGUAGACCUUAAACUGUUCGCCAAAUUGCUGGCGGACCGUCUGGCGUUGGUCCUCGGCCCCCUAGUCCACCCUGACCAGUCCGGGUUCAUGCGCUCCCGAGAGGCGAGAGAUAACACUGUUCGAGCCUUCUCGGUAAUUAAUAGAGCUACUACACUCAAAAAGCCAUUACUGCUCCUCUCUCUUGACGCCGAGAAGGCGUUCGACAGGGUGGACUGGGGAUUCCUUAGAGCAACGCUGGAACAGAUAGGCCUGGGUCCUGCUAUGAUGGGACGCGUAAUGGCCCUGUAUCGAGACCCCCAGGCACGGGUGAGAGUCAACGGGUCCCUGUCUUCCCCAUUUCCCAUCCGAAACGGAACGCGCCAGGGGUGCCCGCUUUCCCCCCUCCUCUACAUCUUAUGCAUGGAGCAUUUACUGACUGCCCUGAGAUCUGAUCCGGGCGUUCAGGGAUUCACCCUGGGGGGGAGCGGGCACCUCUGCUCUGCUUUCGCGGAUGACCUCCUACUCUACCUAGCCUCUCCAUGCACCUCCCUACCGGCAGCAUUGUCGGUCAUACGGCAAUACUCCCACUAUAGCAACCAUAGGAUCAACAUGUCCAAAAGUGUGGCCCUUCCAAUAGCACUCCCGAUAGCCACCAUAGAGGGUCUUAAGAGGGAACACCCUUUUCAUUGGACUACUGAGUCCUUCAAGUACUUGGGCGUACACAUUCCCUUAAACCCGGGAGCUACCUUUGCCCUUAACUUCCAGACUCUGUCAGCGACACUAGACAGGGAUCUGCGUAAAUGGACAACUGGUACCUUCUCAUGGCUGGGGCGAGCUAAUAUAAUUAAAAUGAACUUCCUACCCCGACUGCUAUACCUAUUCCAAGCGAUCCCACUGGCGCUCCCGCGCUCCUACUUCAAAAAGCUAGACCAAAUGAUACGCUCCUUCAUAUGGGCGGGACGACCGUCUAGGAUAUCUAGCAGGGUUCUGGUCAGGAGGAAGCGGGCAGGUGGCCUGGCGGUACCGGACUGCCAGGCUUAUUAUGUAGCAGCUACCUUGACCCGACUCCUGGAUUUCAUACACGGUCGGGGUUCUAAACAAUGGGUGGCGCUGGAAGAAUACGGGACUGCUACAGAUAUAGCCCUGUACCCUUGGCUACCAUCGAACACAUUCUCUCCUCGGGUGCUAGAGUCCCUCCCCCGGGUGUCCAGGGAACUGAUCGUUUCCCUGGACAGAUACUUGAAGAGGUCCCAGAUCAUGGCGGCCGAUGGCCCUCUGACCCCGAUCCUAGGCAACCCUAGCUUCCCACCGGGUAUGAUGACUGAAUCCUUCCUAGGUCAUCACUCGCCUCUACCCAUCAGAUGUUUCCUCAGCGGUACUCAACUGAAACCAUACAUGGAACUGGUACCGCCACACCUCAGGACGCCUCUAAGUCAGAUGCAGUACUUUCAGCUGAGCCACUUUGUUACCACUACGGGACGCUCCCUUAGGCUUGCCCGACCCCUCCUACCCUUUGAAGAGCUGUGUGUUUCUGCCUCCCCGGUUUAUAAAGCAGUUUCCCAAAUGUACAGCCUUCUCAUGGAAGAAGCGGCUUGUGAACCCCCCAAAUUCGAAACGGCCUGGGAGGAGGAACUACACACCACCAUCGCUCGUUCUGACUGGCUGACAGCCUAUGUAAUGUGCCACAAGAUGUCUAUAUCAUGUAGGGCGCAAGAAACUAACUACAAGAUUUUAGCUAGGUGGUAUAGGGUUCCGGUCUUGCUACACAAAUUCUACCCUACAGUGUCUGACCUGUGUUGGCGCUGCGGCACAGAGACGGGGACCAUGUCCCAUAUCUGGUGGUCCUGCCCCUCCCUCACGACCUUUUGGUCUACAGUAAUCGACCGAAUCGCCCUAGUGACAGGGGUGACAUACCCCAACGACCCGAAGGGACUCCUCCUAUCUAUUAUACCCACCUCCAGGAAAUCGCCUGCUAGACUCUUAGCCAACAUGAUGCUCAUGGCUGCCAGGUCAGUGAUACCCAAGAAAUGGAAAAACUGUGCCCCCCCAACGAUAACUGACUGGUACACAGAGAUUCUAUUUGUGAGCCGCAUGGAGGAACUCCUAGCCGACUCGAGGGACCGCUCCGCUAGGUACACAGCGAUAUGGGGCCCAUGGUUGCACUUCCUUAAUUCCCGACUCUAUAGAGAGGACUAGUGAACUAGACUACACCCCUCCCCCCCCCCCCCCCCCCCCAUCCCCUCUUACUUGGAGUGACCUCUCCCCUGGAGUUGGCUGUCGUGUCGCAGAGCUAUGAGGAUAUUCCGAGAUUGGGGACCCCGACGGUGACUGUGACUCCGACCUCAAGUAAGUGCUACGUUUGCAACCUUGAGGUGUCCUCCUCACACCGACCACAGCUAUGCUGAAGCUGACCCUGUUCUUUCUUUUUCUUUUCUCUUUUACUCCUAUUUCUAAUAUUCCCCACCUUUUUCUCCCCCUCCCCCUACUUUUAUACUUACGUGUUCUUCCUCCAGUUAUUACCUGGUUUCACUAUUAUUGAUGCAAUGUUGUGUCUCACUGCUCAGAUUCACCUAAUUAGCCGCGACAUCCCUAUUCCGAUGACAAAUUGUUGUAGGAGCGAAGGUGUUGACUUGAACUCCACGCUUUUAUACCGCUAUUAUUGUCUUAAUUACCGUGGCUUGUCUAUCUAUGUUUUUCUUAAUAAA